AUACGGGACUUGGAAAAGUACUUCCUCAGCCCUGCCCUGUGUGCUUCAGUGAUGGGGCAGUGAGGAUGCCGAAGCACGACAAUCCUCGGACUCUAUGUUUGAUUUUCAUUCCUCAACUUCACUGAUUUAGUCUUUUGUUUUUAACCCGUGUGCUGCCAUGUUGCGGGUCGUAGUGGAAUCGGCUAAAGGGCUGCCUAAAAAGAAAGUUGGACACCCUGAUCCAAUCACCUCUGUGAUUUUUAAAGAUGAGAAGAAGAAAACCAAAUCAAUUGACAGUGAGCUGAAUCCUGUCUGGAACGAGGUGCUCGAGUUUGAUCUGAAGGGCACGGGGCUGGACUCCAGCUCCUACAUAGACGUGAUUGUGAAAGACUAUGAAACUAUUGGGAAAAAUAAAUUCAUUGGGUCAACCAAGAUCUCUCUGAAAGACCUCGCCUCAGGUCAAAUGAGAUCACUACCAUCCAAAAAUGUUCCUCUGGUCAACGAAAGUGGACAGAGUAUUGGAGGUUCAAUCAACCUCGUGAUUGGCUAUGAUCCUCCAGCCAACGCUGCGCCGAACCUCAAUGAUCCUCAAGCCGGAGAUACCACAGUGGACGCCGGUGGAGGUGGUGGUGAGGAAGGGGACGAGACUCUACCAGAUGGUGCAGCGGUCGCCUCGUCCCCUGGUCAGUCCGUUAACCUCCGCCAGAAGCUGGCCAGAGCACAGAGUCGCCACCGACUAGUGAAUAAACCUCAGGACUUCCAGAUUCGCGUCCGAAUCCUCGAGGCCCGUCAGUUGUCCGGCAACAACGUCAAACCAGUGGUGAAGGUUAACGUGUGCGAUCAGACGCACAGGACGAGGAUCAAGAGGGGAAACAACCCCUUCUUUGACGAGAUAUUCUUCUACAAUGUCCACAUGCUACCAUCGGAUCUGUUUGAUAAGCACAUCAGCUUCCGGGUGUAUAACUCGUAUUCUCUGCGGGCCGACAGUCUCAUGGGAGAGUUCAAGCUGGACGUUGGCUACGUGUACGACGAACCAGCCCACUGUGUCAUGAGGAAGUGGCUCCUGUUGAAUGAACCAGAUGACUCGAGCUCCGGCGCUAAAGGCUACCUCAAAGUCAGCCUCUUCGUAGUCGGGGCCGGAGAUGAGCCGCCGGUGGAGAAGAGCGACUCAAAUGACGAUCAGGAUGACAUCGAGAGUAAUCUGCUGCUGCCGGCCGGUGUGACGCUGCGGUGGGCCACGCUGUCUCUGAAGGUGUUCAGAGCGGAGGACGUUCCUCAGAUGGACGAUGCUUUCGUCCAGACCAUGAAGGAAAUCUUUGGAGGAGAUGAAAACAAGAAGAACCUGGUGGAUCCCUUCUUAGAGGCUCGCUUUGCUGGCAAAAAGCUGUGCACUCAGAUCAUUGAGAAGAAUGCAAACCCCGAGUGGAACCAAGCGCUCAACCUGCAAGUGAAGUUCCCCUCGAUGUGCGAGCGAGUCAAACUGACGGUCUUUGAUUGGGACCGUUUGACAGGAAAUGAUGCUAUUGGCACCACAUACCUGAACCUGUCCAAGAUAGCCUCCUCUGGUGGAGAGAUAGAAGCGAACACGGGGCAGUCUGAAGUGGGCUUCCUGCCCGUCUUCGGGCCCUGCUACGUCAACCUGUAUGGCAGCCCCAGAGAGUUCACCGGCAUGCCGGACCCCUACGAGGACCUGAAUUAUGGCAAGGGAGAAGGAGUGGCGUACAGGGGCAGAGUCCUGGUCGAGCUGUCCACUAAGCUGGAGGGGAAAGCGGACAAAGCGGUAGACAGCAUCCACAGUGACGACAUCCUCGUGGUGCAGAAGUACCAGAGGAGGAGGAAGUACAGUCUGUGCGCGGUCUUCCACAGCGCCUCCAUGUUACAGGAACCAGGGGAGCCCAUCCAGUUUGAGGUCAGCAUCGGUAACUACGGCAACAAAUUGGACACCACCUGCAAACCGCUGGCCUCCACCACUCAGUACAGCUGUGCUGUGUUUGACGGUAACCACUACUAUUACCUGCCCUGGGCGGACACGAAGCCGGUGGUUGUGGUGCUUUCAUUCUGGGAGGACAUCAGCCACCGCCUGGACUCUGUCAACAUCAUCCUCUACAUUACUCACCGCCUGCAAUCCAACCUGGAGCUUUUUAAAACUGCCAUCUUGUCGAAAGUCUCCGACGACCAACUGGUGGAGGUGUGGCUGAAGUUGCUCAAUCAGCUGAUUGAAGACCUGGAAAGCUUCCCAACACCAGAGCUGGAGGGCCGCUCCAACCUGACAUCUCUGGACUUCCAAAUCAAGAAGCUGCGAGACAGCACUUUGAAGACCAUCAUUGACGGAGCCAGACGCAUGAGAGAGGAGGCCAGAGAGAUCGCUGACACUCUGCCUGACCUCGAGUCCUGGGCGGACAAACUCGAGCUGCUGGCUGACGAGCCCCAGAACAGCAUGCCGGAUGUGAUCAUCUGGAUGUUACGAGGGGAGAAGAGGGUCGCCUACAGUCGCAUCCCCGCUCACCAAAUCCUCUACUCCACAUACAGCGAGCAGGCCUGUGGUCAGCACUGUGGCAAGACACGGACGGUCCUCCUACAGUACCCCAUGGACAAGAACAAGGGCAUGAAGGUGCCGGUGCAGAUCCGAGCGAACAUGUGGCUGGGUCUGUCUGCACACGGGAAGAAGUUCAACUCCUACUCUGAGGGAACCUUCAGCGUGUUCGCCGAGCUGUACGAGAACCAGGCCCAGGUGUUUGGGAAUUGGGGGACCACGGGACUAGUGGGGCGCUACAAAUUCUCCGACCAAACGGGCAAACUGAAGCUGAAGCAAGAGCACUUCAUGCCCCCGAGAGGGUGGGAGUGGGAAGACGACUGGUUCAUUGACCCAGAGAAAGCUCUCUUAACGGAGGCGGAUGCAGGACACACGGAAUUCAUGGACGAGGUUUUCCAAAAUGAGACUCGCUACCCCGGUGGAGAGUGGAAGGCUGCCUCCGAGCCCUUCACCGACGUGAAUGGAGAGAAGAACCGUAACCCCGGAGAGUUCGAGUGUCCUCCAGGUUGGAUAUGGGAGGAAGAGUGGGCUGUGGACGACAACAGAGCCGUGGAUGAUCAAGGCUGGGAGUAUGGAGUCACUAUUCCCCCAAAUGACAAGCCCAAGUCCUGGGUCUCUGCAGAGAAGGUGUACCACGUCCACCGCAGGAGGAGGCUGGUCCGACCUCGCAAGAGAGCUGCACAGCCUGCAGGAGCCUCUGUGCAGAAGCGGGACCAAGGUGACCCUGAGGGCUGGGAAUUCUCUUCUCUGAUUGGCUGGAAGUUCCACAGGAAGGAGCGUUCAUCGGAUACGUUCCGUCGAAGGCGCUGGAGGCGGAAAAUGGCGCCAGAGGACCGGCUGGGAUCAUCCGCCAUCUUCCAACUGGAGGGGGCGUUGGGUGUCGACACCGAGGAGAAAGACUCCAAGGGAGAUGUCACCAAGCUGUUUGGUGCCAACACGCCAACUGUGUCCUGCUCCUUUGACAGGUCAUUUAAGUACCAUCUCCGUGUCUACGUGUACCAGGCCCAGAGCUUAGCGUCUAUGGACAAAGACAGUUUUUCUGAUCCGUAUGCACACGUCUCCUUCCUGCACUUAAGUAAGACGACAGAGAAGCUGAAGGCAACGCUGAACCCAAUGUGGGACCAAACUCUGAUCUUCAAUGACGUGGAGAUUUACGGAGACCCCCAGACCGUUGCUCAGCGCCCCCCCAAUGUUGUUCUGGAGUUCUACGACCAUGACCAAGUGGGGAAGGAUGAGAUGCUGGGCCGCAGUGUUUUCUCGCCACUGGUGAAGUUGAAUGCCGGCCUGGAUCAGACGCCCAAACUGCUCUGGUACCCCAUCAUCCAGAGAGGUCGAAAGGCGGGGGAGGCGCUGCUGGCUGCAGAACUCAUCCUUAAAGAAAAGUCGGGAGAUUCAGAUCUUCCCCUGGUUCCUUCAACGAGAGCGGAGAACAUCUACAUGGUUCCUCAGGGCAUCCGGCCGGUGGUGCAGCUCACUGCUGUGGAGAUUCUCGCAUGGGGCCUGAGGAACAUGAAGUCGUACCAGCUGGCCUCGGUGUCUUCACCCAGCCUGGUGGUGGAAUGUGGGGGGCAGAGGGUGGAGUCGGUCGUCAUCAAGAACAUGAAGAAGAGCCCCAACUUCCCCAGCUCUGUCCUCUUCAUCAAAGUGCUCCUUCCGAAGGAGGAGAUGUACACACCUCCCAUUGUGCUGAAGGUGAUCGACCACCGUCCAUUUGGCAGGAAGCCCGUGGUGGGUCAGUGCACCAUCAGCACUCUGGAGCAGUUCAGAUGUGACCCAUACGUCAUCACCGCAGAGGGAGCCAUGUCUUCCAAAAUGGCUCUGAUGGCGUCUCCUUCCAAACAUCUGUCUAUUAACAUGGAGGAGACGAGACCACUGCUGGAAGCUCAGUUCAUGUACAGCAUGUCAGCUGCUGUCAACAAAAUGGCUUCCCCUACCUCCUACUUUCUUGUAGAGAAGGAAAAAGAGACCGUCGACUGGUGGAGUAAGUUCUACGCUUCGACUGGAGACCAGCAGAAAUGCGGCCCUUACCUCAAAAAAGGAUACGACAUCCUCAAAGUGUAUGAUUGCGAACUGGAGGAUGUCCCAGAGUUCAAAGGGCUGACCGACUUCUGCAGCACCUUCAAACUGCUGCGAGGCAAAAAUGAAAAUGGCGAUGACGACCCAACUGUGGUGGGAGAGUUGAAGGGUUCCUUCAAGGUGUACCCUCUGUCGGACGACCCAGGUGUUGCUCCCCCUCCCCGUCAGUUCAGAGACCUGCCGGAGAGCGGACCUCAGGAGUGUCUGGUCAGGAUUUAUGUGAUCCAGGCAGUCGACCUGCAGCCUAAAGACAAUAAUGGCCGAUGUGAUCCAUACAUGAAGAUGUCACUGGGAAACAACAAGAUCGACGACAGAGACCAUUACUUACCCAACACCACCAGCCCCGUCUUUGGAAGGAUGUUUGAGAUGACGUGUUUCCUGCCCCAGGACAAGGACCUGAAGAUCUCUGUGUAUGACUACGAUCUCCUGACCCGUGACGAGAAGGUCGGCGAGACCGUGAUUGACCUGGAGAACCGCUUCCUGUCCCGAUAUAACUCUUACUGUGGCCUGCCACAAACAUACUGCAUUUCUGGUAUCAACAAGUGGCGGGACCAGAUGAAGCCGUCUCUGAUCCUGGAGAACCUGGCUCGUCUCAAAGGCCUGUCCAAACCCAGGACGGAGGACAACGGCACAUCUCUCGCCUUCAAUGGCAAAGACUACACGCUGGCUCAGUUUGAGAACAACAAGGAAGUUCACGAGCACCUGGGUCCGGCCCGAGAACGCCUCUGCCUGCAUGUGCUCAGAAAACAGGGACUGGUCCCCGAACACGUGGAGACCCGGACCCUUUACAGCACCUUCCAGCCCAACAUCUCGCAGGGAAGUCUUCAGAUGUGGGUGGAUAUUUUCCCCAAAAGCAUUGGACUCCCUGGACCUCCCUUUGACGUCACACCGCGCAAGGCUAAGAAGUAUUUCCUUCGUGCGGUCGUCUGGAACACGACAGACGUGACUUUAGAUGAGGCCAGCAUCACCGGAGAACACAUGAGCGACAUCUAUGUCAAAGGCUGGAUGGCGGGCAUGGAGGAGGACAAGCAGAAGACGGACGUCCACUACAGGUCUCUGGACGGAGAUGGCAACUUUAACUGGAGGUUCAUCUUUGACUUUGACUACCUGCCGGCUGAACAGCUCUGCCUCGUGUCCAAAAAGGAGCGCUUCUGGAGUCUUGACAAAUCAGAGUUCAGGAUUCCCCCCAAGCUGAUGGUUCAGAUAUGGGAUAACGACAAAUUCUCAUUGGAUGAUUACCUCGGAACACUGGAGCUGGAUCUGCGUGACCUGGUGGCUCCUGCGAAGACUCCGGAGAAGUGCUCUCUGAAGAUGAUGGAUGAUGUGGAAAUGGGAGCUCCACGGAAGGAGGAGAACGCCAAGUGUCUGUUUACCCAGCAGUCAGUCAGAGGCUGGUGGCCUUGUUCCAUCGAACAGGACGGACAGAAGGUCCUGGGCGGCAAAGUGGAGAUGACCCUGGAGAUUGUAGCUGAAGCAGACGCAGAUGAGAGACCUGCAGGAAAAGGCAGAGACGACCCCAACAUGAACCCCAAACUGGACCCUCCCAAUCGCCCAGAUACGUCCUUCUUUUGGUUCACCAACCCGUGUAAGACCAUGAAGUUCAUUGUGUGGCGACGGUUCAGGUGCCUCUUCAUCGGACUCAUCCUCCUCUUCAUAGUGCUGCUCUUCCUCGGCAUCCUGCUGUACUCUUUACCGAACUACAUCUCAAUGAAGAUAGUGAAACCGCUGCAGUAACCCUACAGAGGAAGAGGAGCAGUCGAACUGGAUGACCACACUACUGCCAAACCAUCUCAAUGUGUUUCUUUUUUUAUUGCCUAUAGUAUUUUAUAAAAAGUCUAAAUGGGAUGAGGGUGCUUGCACAGUUGCACUAUAUCUAUAUGAACACUUUGUCUACACCACUAAACUGUGACAGACUCGUGAGCAAUACGUUUCCAGAACACUGCUUUCAAUCGCACGGAGAACCUGAACAGUUUAAUGCACCUCAACAGUCCUGUCAUGAACAAGAGAUUCACUGAGGCUGUAUUUAGUGGUUGUUAUGCACUUUAUUGUGAGGCGUUUAACAAAUAUAAAGUUUCACCAGGACUGUUUUGAUUGCAUUAUAAUGUACAAGGUUUCUAUUUUUCUGACUUCUCAAAUUAAACCUGCCAAAAACAAUUUAAGACUUGUAUAUUACAUUUUCACAGGCUUUUAAAUUAAAUAUAAUAAAACAUUAA